ACAGCCCUGGGUGGGGUCCUGAGGAGAUAAGCAAAAUGGCUGCGUCCAUGGUGGAGAAGCUCGGGGCAGCGAGGCAGCGGCUGUGCGGCUCCUGGAAGGUCUGGUUGCCCGGGCUGACUCAGGUCAGAUGGAGCCGAUAUAGUCCUGUUUACCUUGAACCAGAAGUGAACAAAGAAGUGUAUCAUAAACCUCCAGAACAAAUAUCAGAUGAAGAAAAAGUCAAACGGGAACUCAAAAAAGUCAGACCUAUAAAAGCCACCCCUUCCAAUGUCACCAGCUCUGUAUUCUAUGAUCCAUUAAUCAGCAAAUUCACUAGCAUGAUGAUGAAGGGAGGAGAUAAAUUUUUGUCCCGGAACAUCAUAAAUAAGACUUUAGAAGCAAUCAAGAGGAAGCAGCUUGAGAAGUACCAUAAAGCAGAAGAGAAGGAAAAAGAAAACAUUGAGUGCAAUCCAUACACUAUCUUCCACCAGGCACUGAGUAACUGCCAGCCUGUCAUUGGGCUGGUGACUGUCCAGAAAGGAGGCAAAAAUUACCAGGUCCCAACCCCUUUGUCAGACAACCGCCGACGCUUUUUAGCCAUGAAGUGGCUGCUCAGGGAAUGUAGGGAAAACAAACACAGGCGGACAUUUAUGUACGAAAAGCUUUCCGAAGAGCUUCUGGCCGCCUUCAGCAAUGAAGGACCUAUCAUAAAGAAAAAGCAUGAGUUGCACAAGAUGGCAGAAUCUAACCGAGCUUUUGCUCACUACCGGUGGUGGUAGAGAAUGGCAGCUGCAGGAUGUGAGGUCUGAGACUUUGCUACAAGACAAGGAAAGGAAAUACUGUAUAUCCCAUAUGCCUUCCUUUGCAUAGCACCAGCCUGGAAGGGCGAUAAUCCGGUUUCUCAAUUGGCUCUUUGAAAAAGGAAACGACCUGAAGAAAAUCUUAGCCGAAAUAAAAUGUCUCAUUUUUCUGA